AAAAUAUCAGAUGAUUCUUUUCAGCUGAAUUGUUGUUAUUUAUAUUUGAAAUAAUUAAUUUAUACAGAAAAAAAAAUAAAAAUUAAAAAAUAAAAAAGAAAAAUGAACUACAAUUAAUAAAACUAUUAAUAUCCUUAUCUAUCACAGUAAGAUAUAAAGAGAGAAGAAUAAGGUAUAAUCCAACCAAACUAGCAAUAUAAUUUCCCUCCUCAAAUGUAUUCAGGAAAUUAUCAAAUACAUUAUGAAUCACAGUCAAAAUGGUAAACAUCUUAAAACAGAUAAGGUACAUUAAGCUAUAAAGUUUGUUAAUACUUACCAGUUGUUAAAGAUGAGAAGUAAAGAAAAGAAUUCUAGGAAAUUUUUUUAGAUAUCCUUCAAAGGGUCAGCAGCGAGAAGGAUUUUUAUAAAUAACUGUAUCGAGAAAAUAAAAAUCUUGCCAGCAGAUACUACAAAUGGAGAAGAAGAUAGAGAAUUAAUGUUAAAAAAGCCAAGCAUCUAAUUGAAAUAGACUCUUUAACAAAUGAACAAUCUCAGGACUAAUAAGAUAUAAUUUAACCUAAUCAAAAUGAAAUUAAAAAUUUUGAAUCAUCUACAAACUAUGACCAUCAAUCAUAUAGCAUUAACAGAUUUAAUGAAGAGAUGUCUUACUAAUAUACAAGUAAUAUGUAAUCUAGACAAAAUUGUUAUUCAACACAGCAAGUUGAGCACAAUAUUAAAGUUGAUUUAAGCAGUAUAGAUUCCAAUAAAUCUGAAUAAAUAGAUUUACUUUUAAAGAAAAUAGAAGAUUAAAACUCUAAUUUAGCUGAUUUUACAUAGGGCUAUAUCUUAAAUAUACGUUAAACGUAUCAAACCUUAAAUGAUGUCAUCAAGAGAAUCAACCACAAGAAUAAAUAAUUAAAAGAACUUUGA